AUAUAGCCAAUCAAUAUUAGUAAGAUAAGUGAAUUUCGAAUAUCGGAUAAUUUUUGUUCAAACUCUUUAACUUCGUAGUAUCCUUUUGUUCCUCAUUCGACUCGUACUGUAUAAGAAAACGCCAAAUCCUUUUCUUCUGAAACGUUUCCUACAGCGCUGCAAAUAAAUCCAAAAAAAUCCUGAGUCCUUUUCUCUCCUCUUUUAGUAAUAAAACCAAAAGUAUCAUAUCAGUUUCACAGCUUUUUCAAAUUUUCUCGGAAAAAUUCACUGUUUGAAGAUUCAAAUUCCAGCUUCGUCACGUUGUGUAUUUUCUCGGAAAAUUUCAGUGUUUGAGGUUCAAACUCUAGAUUAUAAUGCUGUAUUUUCUAGGAGAAUCGGAUUUUUUGUAAUUUUAGUGCUGGAUUGUUCUGUUUUUAAUUUUUUCAUAUUUUUGUUUUCGAUGGAUGUUUGUGAUUUUGUUGGCGGUGUGAAAGUGGAGGAUAAUGCAGUGAUUGUGAAACUCUGGAGUUUGAAAUGCGUUGCGAAGGUUUUUCGUGUUGUUGAGUUUUGCUUUGUGGUUCUUUUGUUGUUGUGGAUUUCCACUCGUUUGCCUUUUGCGGUGAGGAUUUCCGGCGAGUAUUUCCGUCAAAUCGUCGGUUUAAUACUUAGUCCUGUUUUCAUUUUCAUCCUAUGCAACUUCAUUGUCCUUAUUCUCCUCUUGAAGUCCGGUCUCCAUUCCGGAGACUCUUCGAUUUUUCGGAAUGUCGCCGGAGCUGAAGUUCUUUAUGACUCGUUUCUAAAAAACACAGAGUUUUCAGCUGUUUUUUUGUCCGGGAGCUCUUCUCUGGUACCGGAAAUUGAAGUUCGAGAUAUUGUUUAUGAAGACAAACAGACGAUUUUUGAAGAGAACACAGUGACUAAUCAGGAAUCAUUCGGUUCCGAAGAACUAGAAACGGUUAUAAACAAGGCAUUGACGAAACCGAAAGUGCCGAGGAGAACUCAAUCGGAAAAGCUGAAUGAGGAAAAAGUGGAGGAAAUUUCCGUUAAAUUCCGGAGAUCGGAGACAGAGAAAUGCCGGAAAGUGACAAAUCCCGUCGAUUCUGCUCAUGAAGUAGACGAAUUAAGUAACGAAGAGUUUCAGAAAGCCAUAGAAAACUUCAUCGCAAAGCAAACCAAAUUUCAUCAACAAGAGAAAUUGGCCAUUGUACUCCAUAGCCAAGCUUAACAACUUCAAUAAUUUUGCAGAAAAUUAGUUUUAUUCAUAAACAACAGCAACCGUUGAUUUGGUAUCGAAGAAGAGAGUACUGAUUGAUCUGAACCGUUGGUAAUUGCAGGAAGAUGAAGAUUCGAGAAAAUUCCAUAUUAACAUGCAUGCAGUGCUUUGAUCGCUGGUUUUUUUUAGCUUCAGAGAUUAAUUAGAAAGGUACUAUUGAUUCUACGUUUGUAUUCUCGAAUUAAACUUCCACUAGUUAUUGUCAAAAGUGAAAUUUCUCUUUUAUUUUACCAUAGUUAAGCAA